AUGCGCAAGGCCUUCCCCCAGCACUGCCAUUGAGGAGCAUUGACUCAGUGAGUAGAAGAGGUUUGUUUGAAACAGGCCGCAAUGGAGAGACCAGCGCCCAGGGAAGCGAGGGAACAGCAGGCUCCUUCCAGCAGCGCAUCGAGAUGAAAAUACUUGCAGGAACAAGACAAUGUAAUACUUGGCCAAUACAAAGCUAAGGGUGACCAGCUGCUUCUAACAAACAACAGGAGGAAUAAAUUUGAAAUACACAGUCAGAUGAGUGACUGCCCAAUCCAGAACCAAACUUACUAUCAUAACCUGUACAGAGACUCAAUAUUUGUGGACAUUAACCAAACUGCAUCUACAGAGUCAGAGACUGACAAAGAAAAACACUUGAAGGACCAAGACAAAGUAAGAUUUCUUCAGUACAAUGGCAAGUGUGACCAGAUCCUUCUGACAAACAGCAGUUCCUGUCUCAGAUGCUGUGCUGAUACCCCGCACCAACGGGACUGAGAUACAGCCCGGGGACCGCCUUGUUCUCCGGUGCCUGGUGAGGGAAGGCACUGAGCCCCAGUUCAUUUGGUACCGAGACAACGUGCCGCUAAGGAACGGCAGUGCGAGCUCCCAUGUGACUGCCGAUGGUGGUGAGCUGGUUAUUCAUUCAUUCCGGAGAGACAGUGUCGGGAGGUAUCACUGUGCAGCGAUCACCACAGGAACCGACGGCACCAUUUUUAACGUGACCAGCGACUAUAUCGAAUUCACGCUGCGAGGCUGAGCAAGCAGACCAGCAACCAUCCUGCAUCACAUACACCACCCUGAGGCACACAGAUAUGCGAGGGGAUGAGGAACCAGGUUAAGGUGAAGAGGGAAAUGUUUCUGUCAAUCUUCCGCGGACAUUGUGAGACAGCACAGAAGAAUCCCUUCAAUGCCUCACAAAUUGAUGGAUAGCAAUUGUUCCUUCCAGCAAAUAAGGGGGAGAAGGAAGAGAGGACAGAGGAGCGUCAGGUUUCUGCAGCUGAGAAAUGGCUAAGCUUUGUUCCCAUUCACUCAGCCAGACAUCAACUCCAAACAUGAAUUUGCCUUGAGAAGCCAUCGGAAUAACUGUCUCUCACAUAACUCUGAGUGGGCCAAUCUCUUCUGCUGCAGCAUGAUCUGACCCUUGAUGGCAGGGAUUUGAGAUUUUGUGCUGUCCAUUCCUAACUUGAGUAUCCAUUUGAUCUCCUGGUGAGUGUAUCAGGGCAGAUGAGCCAAUGAAUUGAAUCUACUCUGCAUUUAUUUUUUAAUUGUGGUGAGCUAUUAUCAGAGGUGUGAUUAUUCCCCAGCCUGAUCUUCAUUACCCUCGAACUUCAUCAUUUUCAAACAUAUAUCCAGCUCUCUCUUCAUACCUCAUAUGGAAUCCACCUCCACCACUCUCCCAGGCAGUGCAUUCCAAAUCCGAACAAUGCUCCAAAGAUGUUUCUCCUCAUCUCACUCCGAGCUGUCUUGGUGACAAAUUUGAAAUUGUGACCCCUGGUUACUGACAUAGUGGAAACAGAGUAUUCUACUUUACCCUCUCAAAAUUCUUCAUUAUUGUGAACACCACCAUUUGUGACCCCUCUGCUCCAUGGAGAAUAAGCCUGGUUUCAUUAAUCUUUCUUUGAACGUAAAAUCCUUCAUUCCUGCUGUCAUUCUAGUGACACCUUUAAACCAUCUCCAGAGUGUUCUUCCUUAAAUAAGGUGCCUAGAACUGAACACAAGCGUUGCCUGAGCAAUGUGGUCUUAACAAUGAUUUGUAGAGAUGUAGCAUUACUUCCUUGCUUUGAGACUCAAUGCCUCUAUUUUUAAACUCAAAGAUCCUUUGAACCUGCUUCACAACUGUUUCAACUGGCCUGGCCACCUUCAGAGAACGAUGCACAUGAACCCCAAGAUCUCUCUGUUCCAAUUUUCCCUUUAAAGCUGUACCAUUGAGCUUGUAUUGUUUCUUUGCAUUUUUCUCAGCAAAAUGCAUAAGCUCAUAUUUUUCUGCAUUGAAAUUUAUCUGGCAGGUUUCUGCCCAUUUGGCCAACUUGUCAAUGUCCCUGUGAAGUCACUCAGUAUCAUCCUCACAAUGCACUCUUCUCCAUGGCUUAGUAUGAUCUGUAAAUUUAGAGAUUUUAUCCUCAAUACCCAACUCCAAAUCAUUUCGACAAUCAAUAUAUUUAUCUAUAUAUAUAUCUGUCAGUUUCUCUUACGUAAAUGUAUGACUAUUUACCAGCCUGUACCUGUUAGUUUCUGCUGAGAAUUGCAAGUGACAAUAUUAAUCUGUUAGCGAGUUUUGAGAAGAUUUGUAGCUCAAUUUGACGUUCUGGAUGUAAGUUUGCUCACUAAGCUGGAAGGUUCAUUUUCAGACGUUUCGUCACCAUUCUAGGUAACAUCAUCAGUGAGCCUACGGUGAAGCGCUGGUGUUUCGGUUUCCUUGGGUUGGUCAUGUCACUUCCUGUGCCGGUGAUGUCAUUUCCUGUUCUUUUUCUCAAAGGGUGGUAGAUGAGCUCCAAAUCUCUGUUUGUUGAUGGAGUUUCGGUUGGAAUGACAUGCUUCCAGGAAUUCUUGUGCGUGUCUCUGUUUGUCUUGUCCAAGAUGGAUGGAUGUGUUGUCCCAAAGUGGUGGCCUUCCUCAUCUGUAUGCAAGGAUACUAGUGAUUGUGGGUCAUGUCUUUUGGUGGAUAUUUACCAACAGGUGGCGACAGACCUGACCCCACAACUGGAGAACCGAAUCACAGCCUCACUCAUAAAACUUCAAAAAUCUGGAGAAUUAAACAAGAGACUCUUCCAAAAAAUGAAACCAGAUGGAUCCAACACACCACGCUUCUACGGACUACCCAAAAUUCACAAACCAGGAGCUCCCCUCAGACCCAUAGUCUCACUACCUGGAACACCAACAUAUAGACUAGCCAAGGAACUACACCAAAGACUAAAACACCGAGUAGAAGACUCACGCCACUCCAUUCACUCCAGCCAAGAAUUCUUGAACACCAUCAAAAGCACCAAGAUAGAAGAGGAUGAAACAAUGGUCUCCUUUGACGUAACAGCCCUGUUCACAUCCAUCAACAUCAAUCUGGCCAAAGAAACACUGACUACACUAGUAGAAGAACCAAAGACACAUACACCAGACACCACCAACCUCAUCAGCAAGGACAAAAUCAUCAAGCUCGUGGACCUAUGCCUCACCACCCACUUCACUUUCAAUAACAAAACCUACAGACAAACUAACGGUACACCCAUGGGAUCUCCGACAUCAGGGUUCUUAGCAGAGGGAGUAGUGCAGAGACUCGAACAAACAGCUCUGCCAAUCAUCCAACCCAAACUUUGGGUCUGCUACGUGGAUGACACCUUUGUCAUCACUAAACAAAACAAAUUAGAGGAAACAUUCAAGACCAUCAAUAAUAUCCUUCCUGAUGUAAAAUUCACAAAAGAGGAGGAACACAACAACAAACUGCAUUCCUAGGUACCACAGUAGAGCGACCAGUUAAUGGGGAACUUCAAACCAGCGUCUACAGGAAAACAACACAGACAGACCAAAUACUGAACUGCCUUGUCAGUGUGUAAAUGCACUUAUCGAAGUACACCUGUCAGUUCCUGCUGGGUGAAUGUGUGGGUGCUGUUCCCAACAUGUACCUGUGAGAUUCUGCUCUGUAAAUAGGAGAGUCUAGUUAACAGACUAUACUUGUCAGUUUGUGCUCUGUGAAACUGGGAGUGUAGUUAUCAUUGUGUAUGUCCGUUUUAGCUUUGAGAAUGAGGGUGAAGUUAUUCAUCUCUCCCUGACAGUUCCUGCAAUGCGAAUGCAUGACUGACAUCAGCAGAAACCAAGAGAGACUGAUAACUACAGUCACACCUUUACAUUGUAGUCAAUGUGUUGUCAUCAUUUGGGUGUUUCGGCAAUAUGAACAAGUGGGUGUAGUUAUCAAUCUGUAUGUGUCAGUUUCUCCUCAUGUAUCAAAAUGGCUAAAUCUCUGAAGGCCAGUAUUAUUCUCUGUGACUGUACAAAUCACUCUGUGAUAGUUAUUGUUAGGGUGUUGAGGCUGGCUCUUAAUCUCUUCUGCAUUGUGUGAUUUAUGAGUUGAGUGUCAGUCCGUGUGGUAGGUGAGGGGGGUGAGGAAGUUCAGGACAUGGGGUGAUAACAGGAGGGGAACUGCUUUAUUCUGAGAACCAUUCUGACAAAUUGUCACAUAUUUCCAAUUUGGUCAGACAGCCUGAGAUCUGUGGUACCACUGAUUAAACUGCUUGUUUCUCACCAAAAACAGAAUCACAGAUAUGGUACAGCAUAGAAGCAGACCUUUCUGCCCACUGUCUCUGUACUGGAAAUUUUUUAUGCAUCAGUUCUGCAGUAAUUGUUAGGAAUGUGAACUUCAUCUACUCAUUGUCAGCGUCUAUUUGUAAAGGCCAAUAUGACAUUAGUUCUGUGGGUAUCUGGCUUUUCAUAACGAUCGUGGCAGUUUUGAUAUGUUUCCCACAGUCUCAGGGAGAGUACAUGGAUCUCAUUCUCGUAUGUUCAGUUGUGGUUUGUGUCGGAGUAGUAAACUCUGUCAAACUCUUUUCAAUUGCGCUCAACUGCAUUGCAUUUCAGUCUCAGUUUGUUUUUACAUUGUGCAUGAGGUUGAGUGCGCAGUAGAAUCUAUCUGUCACUACUGGGCACUGUAAUAGUCCAAUAUCCUCAGGUGUAAUCAGAGAUUUUGAGAGUCAGUUCAUAUCUGGAAAUUACUGAGAGGCCGUACUUCAUUCUUUUCCUUUUAGCAUCCACUGGCUGUGUGUGAGUGAGUUUUCCCUCGUGCUGCCAGUCUGUAUCUCAGUUCCCGUCUCCUGUAGUGAAUGGGAAACCACCGAAGAUUUUUAAUUGUUGGUGCCUGUGGGAAUCAUGUGCAAGUGAAAGGCAACACACUGCUACAGAAGGGACUUUGUGCUGUUCCUCAGAUUCAAGACUGGAAACACAAUGGGCCUUUGUAACUUGUAUAGUGUAGAGUUGAACGGGGAUUAAUGAUAUAAAGUGUUGACUGUCAGAAUAACAUCCGUUUCUUUUUCAGUGUGUAGUGAUAUGCUUUUCUGAGUAAUGCUAAAGUAGCAAUCAGUGUAAACUGUGAAAGCCAAUGGCAGUGAACAAUUCAACUGCAUUGCAGCUGCCUGACCACACAGUGUCGCUUGGACAGAAAAGACAAACGGGGAACUUAUUCCCUGAUGUAGACAGGACAUGACCCUGCUCUGUGCCGUGAUGGUGGAAGCAAUUACUGGUGCUCUUGUGUUGUUCUAUGGGAGGGAAGUGGAAAGGAAAAGGAAUUUUAUUUUCUGUCUUGCAGUGCAGCAGAUUUAAAGUGUGAAACUCAAUUUAUUGAACAAUCAACACUGUUCAACUCUGCUUUGAAACAAAAGGAGUGUUUCACAAACCUACCAAGCAAACCAAUUUUGUCUAUUUUUAUUUUGUGCACUGCUUCGAAAGGUAACCACUUGAUUAAACUGAUUUAUUGUGAAAAUUGUAUUCAGAUAUCUUCGUAUUUCUCUGCAAUACAUUCUAGGGAGGGCCAGGAGGAAUGUCAGGCUCUUUAUAGAAAAUUGAGAUUAAUUUUGAAAGAGGUACUCGAGGUUUCUUGCUGGACUGAAAAAGACAAAGCAAAUUCUAUUCCUGAAAGGUGAAGAAAAGGAGAAUGAUGUUGCGAUAAAGGUGGGGAUGGCAGCUCCUCUGCUGCUAUCAUACAUUUAUGUGAAUGAAAUGUUGAAUGAAUGGGAUGAGAAUUCUCGGUACAGACUCAAUAAUGUGAAGGACUGCAGGCCUCUCUGACAAUGGUUCUGUGAGUAGAGAUCAUUCCAGAUGUGACAGUUUCUGUUGCAAUGUAUACGGUUUUGUAUGGAUAUUAUAUGUUGGAACGUGUGUUGGGAUGGUUUAUGCAUUUGAUAGUGAGAGAGAGAGGAGGGUGCAAGAGAGGGAGUGAGAGUGUAUAUCAACAAUUCUCUCAAUGUCAGUCUUUGGCACAGCACGUGCAUUUGGAAUUCACAUUAUUUAAGUGUUGUGACUAUUGUGACAAAUAUUCAUUAAAAUAAUAAUUCUGUCUGUCUGUUACUGCUGACUGAAAUGUUUGCUUCAAUAUCUGUACUCCAUAUCUACUUCCCAUGUGGUUGGUCAAACUAACAGCAUCAUCUAUGUGUUCACUUGACUGUAACACGAAAACUACCCUUACUAAAUGCAGAUUUCAUGCUGUUCCUGUGUAUAUAUUUUGGAUGAGGAUUCAGUCUGUCAUUCCUCCAAAGUGAAAUUGUUUAGAACUGGGUGGCUGGAAGUGACAGUACAGAUAAAAAAUAUACACUGGUGUUUGACUCUUGGUUAGAACACAUCUCUCUGGAAAUUGCAUUCAAUGUGUGAGAUUGAAUCUGCUAUCACUGUGGCUCAGAUAUUCUACGCUCUGACAGUGUAACAUACCCGGUGGUUGUUGUAAGAUGCUGGUCACAAUUGGCUUUGUACUGAGGAAACACUAAAUUGUCCUGGUCCUUCAAGUA